AUGGGCGGAGUCUUGGGUGGCGCCGUCGGAACAUGGAAGGACGAUGGCUCAGAAGCUGUUCAAGACGGAAAGGAUGGCAGCUUCAGCAUCAGCGGGAAGGCGAAGGGAGAUUCUCCCGUGUGCGCCAUCUACAGCAAGCCCAUCUCGUCAGGCGAAUACUUCGAAGUGACCUGUGAGAACAUCGAGGACAGCCCCUUCAUUGGCAUCGGUACGGAGGCAGGCUUUGGCAAGGGCUACAAGUGCCGGGGCCUGUUCUACGGGGGCCCCGGGAACUUGUCCAACGGCUCCGGCCUCAUCAAGGGCGGCUUCGGCGAAAGCAUCCCCAAGGGUGGUGUCGUUGGUUUCCUGACGGAGUUCGACGACAAGACGGUGAAGGUCACGGUUUACCAGGAUGGACGAUGCUUGGGAAAGGCUUUUGAGUCUCCUCGCCAGGAUGCCUCAGCACAGAUCUUCCCAGUGGUGCGGGCCAAGGCCGAUGGAGACAAGUUCAAGAUUGCCACCAAGUCGGCACCAUCUGCCAAGGACCGCCAGCCGGCAGCCAAGACCCACUUCGCGGUAGGAACCUGGAAGCUCGAGAAGCUCAUGCUGGGCCCUGAGCUGGGGGAGUUCCCCUUGGCGGACAAGAUGGGCGACAAGCCGGUGACGGUGACCAUCAAGGAUGCCGGUGACAAGAAGUUCUACAUGAGUGCCAAGGUCGCGAACACCAUCAACAACCAGGUAGAGUCCGAAGCGCGAGUGAACGCUAACUGGAGUUUGGGCAUGACAGUUGCAGGCCUCAGAUUCCGAAACAAAGCGUAUUCUUCAACGCCCAGUGUCACAAAGAAUGGAGUGUUCAUUUUCGACGGAAACCCUGCUGACUACCAUGAAUGGGAGUUCAGAACCGAGCUACGCAUUGCGGCGCAUGAGCAGCAGGAGAAGCGCCGAAAGAAGAAGGAGAAGAGAGAGAAGAAAGACACUUCGUUUUCGUCAGGCGGUCCUGAGCAAGGAAGAGAGGAGAGAACACCUCAGGCGGAAGCGAGUGCUCCAGCCGAAGGUGGUGUAGCCGGGAGACCGGCAGCUGCGUCAGGGAGACCCACCAUUCCUGUCCCUGACUCGCCAGCGGCCAGUGUGGUUGCGCACGAGAGCAGCUCAGACGGGGAUGAUGGGGCUGUGGACACUGUUCUUCGCGUCAUGGAGGGUCUCAGAGGAGACGCCUUCCAAAAGGCUAAGGACAUUGGAAUCGCGACCCUGUCAGGACCCGGUGGGCUAAGGACCCUGAUCUCCGAGAUCAAGGCAAUGGUCUUCCCGCUAGGAACUUUGGAGGCCCAGGCCUUGUUUCGCAGUGGGCAAGCCAUUCGAGGUCCUUUGAGUCGUCAGGACGGGGAAUCAGUUGUUUCCUAUAUAGGAAGGAGACGCAGAUGGUGGACCUUGAUGACGCAGCUCGAUCCGAGGAUAUCUCUGUCGGAUAGUUUGAGAGCAGAAUUGUUGCUCGAGUUGAGCGGGUUGUCACGUGAUCAGCAGUUGAUGGUGAAGGCUUGUUCAGGCGGUGCCCAUGAUUUUGAGACAUACGCAAAGAUCAUGACCGAGCAUCAUGGGUUGAUUCACUUGCGGGGGAACAAACUACUUGAUUCAACACCCCUUCGAAGCCCUGGUUUCGAUAGAGAUACCCGCAGAUGGCAGUCGAAGGGAUCAGGCAAGUUUGGGAGCCGUUCACCAGGGUCAGUGACAACCGCUUAUGUGAGUGAUGUCAUUGAUUCAGCCUAUGUAUCGCAAGAACAUAGGGCAGAUGAUCAUUAUGCUGAUGAAUGGUACCAAGAUGAGGCACAGGAAGAUGCCGAAGAUGUGGGGUGGAACGCUUGGACUGAUCAGCCAGGUGGUUCACCAGGAUAUGCUCCUUCCGAGGAGGACGUGAUCGUUUCCGACAGCGAGGUUGCCGUCGCCUUGAAUGCGAUGGAGGACUGCGACUACGAGAGCUUUCCCGAGGCCACGGGCGAAGCGAUUCAGUUGCAGUGUGCGGCUCAUGUUGCAUUGGGCAAGGCAGGUAAGGGUAAAGGAUCAUCCGGUGGCAAGGGAAAAGGAUUUCCGGUAGUGCGCAGUCGCUUGCAAUUGUCAGUUGAAGAGAGGAAAGAGAAGCUCAGGGAACUCAAGGCUAAGAGCCGUUGCCUGCGAUGUGGGCAAACAGGACAUUGGAGCGGGGAUCCUCAAUGCCCCAAAGGUCGAUCUUCACAGUCCGGUUCGGAUGGCAAGGGCAAGUCCAAGGGAGAUUCCAAGGGAUCGAAGUCGGGAACAAAGCAAGCUUUCAUGGCAGUUCCAGUGACUAGUGAGAGCGAGGAUGACAUGGAGUGUGUGUACAUUGACAGUGGCCCCUCAGAAGGUAGCCCUAAAGCGUACAUGGUCUAUCGCAGGGAAGGCGCUCGAGCUUCAAGGACAGCCAGGAAUGCCGCUCGAGACACGAUGCCUCCCGGUGGGGACCGUGUCUUCACUGUUGGCCAGCAUCGUGGGCUUAGUUUCGAGGAGGUUCUUCAUCGCUACACUGCAUAUGUCAUCUGGGGACGUUCCUUGAAAUCGGCGGGAUCUCGGGAUUUGGCGGCAUUUCUGAAUUGGGUUCAGAAUUACUACAUCGUGAAUGAGGAAAGCAUGGAGGUAAUGAGGCGAGACAUCCCUCUAGAUGAGGUGCCGCAAAUGCCUGGAGCGCAAGCCCAGCAGAGUGUUGCGGUGCCAGCAGCAUCCUCCCAUGUGACAGCCAAAAGCAAGCCCCCAAAUCCCCCUUUGCCUGUGAGUUGUCAGACAUGCACCAACUUUUCGUACGUGGGGACAAAUGCCUACGUGACAGUGAAGACCUGCAGGGUGUGUGGAAAGGUGUUUAAGGAGAAGAAGACCUUCGAGAAGAAGGACCCCACAUUGUGCAGGCAUGCAAACACCAGUAGACUGGGCUCGAACAAGGCCAUCAUGAAGACUUUCUGUAAGGAUUGUGGUCAUGUGAUAGAUGAAAUGCCCCAAGCAGAAGCCCGAAUCAGGCGUCAGGCUGCGCAGGAACUUGAGACUGCGACUUCGGCUUCGUUUGAUCUCAUCUCGAACAUCUCUAGGAAUGUGCUCGAUGAGGCAAGCCUGGAUGCAACGCAGACCAUGACAUUGUUGGAUGAGUUCAGGUCCCAAGUUGAAGAUUGUCUAGUGGCCCAGAAUGUCGAGGGUAUUGACGACCCAAGGAUUUCCCCGAAGGACUUACAUGAGAUCCUCAAUGAUAUCGUGGAAGCAGCAGUGGUAUCUCAGGAAUCUCCGUCAUCCGUCAGAGCGUCGCCUGGCGAGAUGUCGAGAGCUGCACCGCAACGGGCAGCUGGCUCCGGAUCGCAAGACCGGAGAAGGACAGAUGGGGAAAGCGCAGCGUACAUGUCCAUGAAGACCAACUCCCUAUCCUCGGUGGUUCCGUUGACCCUUGCGGAAGUGGAUAUUUACGAUCAUGAGGAUAUUUGGGGUGUCUUGGAUGAUGGUGCGAAUAGCUCAGUUUGCGGGGAGAGAUGGUGUGACAACGCCCAGAUGAAACUGGCCAAACUGGGUUUCGAAUUCCCCUGGUUGAGCCAAGAAGGCAUUCAGUUCAGAGGACUUGGUGGGAUGACUAAGACCUUGGGCGAUCGACGUCUGUGCUUCUGCAUUCAAUGCGAGUAUCAGGGUGAGAAGGAGGAUGGUAAGGACCCGCUAGUCCCCGGUAUCCUUGAUUGCCACGUGACCUCUGGGAGCGAAACGCCCCUACUUCUAUCCUUAUUCGCGCAGAGCACCCUGGGUUUGUUGAAGGACAUGAAGUCGUUCACCUGCUUGAUACAGAGGAACAAUGGAGAACUGUGGAGGAUUAAGGACAAAGGCGCACACACCUCAGUCACAGAUUCGGGUGGAAACCACCAGGGUAACAUUCAGGCCAACGUGGCAAGCAGUGAUCCUCGGUCUAGCAAGCAGAUGCCGAGUGUCCACAUUGUCUCUACGGGGACUCGAUGGCGCCGCGAGGCCUCAUCUUAUAUCUACAGCCCUGGGCAGGAGUCUGCGAAGGCAUUGGCCGAGGCCCUGCACGGGCCCUUGACUGGGAGCACUGCGAUCUUGAUCUGCAAUUGUCUGGAUUUUUCUAACCCCGAGAUUCAGUCGGGUUCGUUGUCCUGGCUGAAGGGGCAUAUUGGCUCGCACCCUGGAAACCUGACCAAUCAAUGGGAGAAUCCUGAGUUCAGAGACAUGAUCUUCUACGUGCACCAGGCUGUUCGCGAGGCACCCGCGUCUUUGGAGCGAUUAUCUGCAUUUGCAUUUGCACCCAGGGCCGACACAGGUCUGUGGCGAGCAGCGUAA